AAGAGGCAAAGUCUACAAUAACAGCUUCAACUUAGCUAUUUCUGUAGAAGUUACUAAAACACCCUUUGCAGUCCCUGGCUGUACAUGACAGGAUAAAGGCAAUUUCAUAUUCUGAAAAGUCUGCUCCUUCUCAUUUGUUCUUGGGAAUCUUACUCCGUGGAGACAGCUUUGCAGGCUAAGGUACCUGCCAAGAUGCUCUACUUGCAGGGUCCACAGAAGCUGCAGAUGCUAGAAAAAUCCCUGAGGAAGAGCCUCCCAGAGUCCUUAAAGGUUUAUGGGACCGUCUUCCAUAUGAACCAGGGAAACCCGUUCAGGCUAAAGGCCCUCGUGGACAAGUGGCCUGAUUUUAAUACAGUGGUUAUCCGCCCUCAGGAACAGGAGAUGAAAGACGACCUUGAUCACUACACCAAUACUUACCAAGUCUACGCCAAGGACCCCAAGAAAUGUCAGGAAUUCCUUGGCUCACCAGAAGUCAUCAACUGGAAGCAACAUUUGCAGAUUCAAAGUACACAGUCCAGCCUGGAUUACGUGAUAGAAAAUCUUGCAGCUGUUCAACUCGGCAAGGUGAAGCUAACACAAUGCAUUCUCCAUGUAGUCUCUGAGACAACAAAGAAAUUGGCUUCUUCUGUGGUGGAUGGAAAGAGUUUAUCCUCCAAUGGUGACAAAUACAAGCCCAUCCAUCAAAAGAUGCUGAAACCCUCAUCCCUGGAUCCUACCCACGCUGUCUGGGUGAAUAAAUUCUGGUCUUUUGGUGGCAAUGAGAGGAGCCAGCGAUUCAUCGAGCGCUGUAUCCGGACCUUCCCCAGCUUCUGCCUGCUGGAGCCCCAGGGGACCCCUGUGUCCUGGGUCCUGAUGGACCAGACAGGAGAGAUGAGGAUGGCGGGCACCUUGCCUGAGUACCGGGGCCAGGGCCUCAUCACCUAUGUCGGCUGUGCCCAUCUGCAGGGUCUGGACAAACUUGGCUUCCCCCUGUAUUCCCAUGUAGAUAGAGCCAAUUACAUCGUGCAAAAAGUGUGCUUCAACCUACAGGCUAUCCGUGUGCCUUGUGACUGGAACCAGUGGAACUUCGUGCCUCUGUGAAGCAGCCCCGAACCCAAGACAGUGUGGGCUGGACGGGGCAUGUGGUUGGAGGAGCAGAUGAGUGGAUGGAGAGAAAGAAUAAACUGGAAUCAGUGAUAAUGAAGUGGUCCAAGGUCUGAGGAAUUAGUGAUGGGUGGUAAACAGGACAACCUCAGUCUGUGUUCUCGGAUACCUCCCCAUCCCCUUAGCUUCCUCAGUUUGAAACAGACCAGGCACUCCUGCUGUCUGGCUGGUGUAGCUCCCACACCUCCAGGUGCUCCAUGCCCCUUGUCGUGCUUUAUAAUUAGCUGCAUGCUCUUCUACAUUGUUCUUCCUGGAACCCCUAGCCCACUGACCCUUUCCAGUUUGUCAGAAGGGGUGUAAUAUUUUGUGCGUUCUACCAUUUUUCCCUCUGGCUUUUUAUAGCUUUUUGAAAAAUUGAUUGGAGAGUGAGUUGUCUUCUGAGUAGGUCUUUAAAAGAUCCUCCCUUCCCAGGUCACUUCUUAAACUUUGUAUUAUAAUCACAUGAGCUAUAUUAUACACAUGCACACACUAGAUAUAGAUAGAUAGAUAGAUAGAUAGAUAGAUAGAUAGAUAGAUAGAUAGAUAGACAGACAGACAGACAGACAGACAGACAGACAAUCUCAGAGAGAAUUAGAAGAAAAAGACCGACUGGUGUUAAUAUCUUAUUUUGCAACUCCUACCCCAGGAAAGAGGUACUAACGUUGUUUCUGUUAGUAAUAAAAUAAAAAUGCACCAGGUGAG